AUGCGACCAAUUCUUCUCUUCUUUUUCUCUUUUUAUAUCACCAAUGCAUUUGAAGAUACCAAAAGUUCUGUAUGUGGAGAUGGUGAACGCAAUCCGUUUUAUGAAGAAUGUGACAGUGUCGCGCAUUGUUCGUCUUUAUGUCGGUGUGAGUACGGAUACACGUUUGAUGAGGUUGGUAAUAGUUGCAAGCCGGAGUGCACAAUAGAUGGGUGUUUAAGUGGUUGUGUAACAAACCAAGAGUGUUCCCUCUGUAAUACGACCAUGGGGUAUAAAUCUGAUUGUCAUGGAUGUUUAGAGGGAUUAUUU